AUGGGUGAGAAGAGGAGUAACAUGGGGAGGUUGAAAUUGGAUUUUUACCCUUAUUUCCAUUGCAGGACAGAACUCUGCCGUUUCAGCGGUGCCAAGAUAUACCCAGGGAGGGGCAUCAGAUUUAUCCGUUCAGAUUCUCAGGUGUUCCUAUUUGUCAACUCAAAAUGCAAACACUACUUCCACAACCGCCUGAAGCCUUCCAAGCUUACAUGGACAGCCAUGUAUAGGAAGCAGCACAAGAAGGAUAUUGCACAAGAAUCUGUUAGAAAGAGGAGACGCGCCACAAAGAAGCCCUAUUCUAGGUCCAUUGUUGGUGCAACCUUGGAGGUUAUCCAGAAGAAGAGAGCUGAAAGGCCAGAAGUUCGAGAUGCUGCCAGGGAAGCCGCUCUUCGUGAAAUCAAGGAAAGAAUCAAGAAGACAAAGGACGAAAAGAAAGCCAAGAAGGCAGAGGUGAUGGCUAAGUCACAGAAAGCUGGAGGUAAGGGUAACAUGCCAAAGGGAGGAAAAGGCCCUAAGCUUGGCGGUGGUGGUGGAAAACGUUAAGCGAUUGUUUAUGUUGUUUUUCCUAAGUAGUACUUAGAGUGGUUUUGCAUCUUGACUGAGUGUAGCUAUUCUGAUCAGAUGGUAAACUGCAGACCAGCAGUUAGCAUAGCACACUUCGAAACAAUAUGUUGUCUGAAUUUUGGUCUUGUCUUAAAUAUGCAGAUUGUUUAUUUUCGAUCCGUUAUGAUAAUUAUAAUUUUGUUCCAUUAUUAGAAA